CUUUGUGAUUUUAUAUUGAGGAAUUAAAUUUGAAUUGAAACUGAAAUUCGAAUUGUUGUUGUGAUUUUGUUAUACGAAGUUAGAUCCAAUUAUCAAUUAAACAUUAGCACGUGGAUUAAAGUAAGAGUCCAAUCUAUGAGCCAUGGCGGAGGACACAAGUUCUGCAAUGGAUAGAUUUUGUGGUUCAAAGUUUUGGAAUUCCACGGAAACUUGGUAUACAACCGAUCCCGAUUUCACACCCUGUUUCGAGCAAACUGUUUUGGUUUGGACGCCAUGCGCCUUCUACUGGCUAUUUGUGGUGUUUGAUUUCUAUUACCUAAAGGCUAGUUUGGAUAAGAAUAUACCAUGGAAUAAAUUGAAUCUGAGCAAGUUGCUCGUUAACUUGGGAUUGCUUGUGAUCACGGCGUUGGAUUUGAUAAUGGCCCUGGUGAAAAAAGGCGGGGACUCGGCAUUACCCCUCUAUGACUUGGAUGUCUGGGGUCCAAUUAUCAAGUUUGCUACCUUUUUGCUAAUCUUCAUCUUUAUACCACUGAAUCGGAAAUUUGGUGUCCAGACGACAGGAUGUCAAUUUCUGUUUUGGUUCCUAUUGACCAUUUUGUCCAUACCCCGUUGCCGUACAGAGGUGAGAGCCGAGCGCAAUAGGGCCGAAAGAUUAGGCACUGAACAAAUUACCGAGGAGGAUUUCUCUUGGGAGGAAUAUCAAUACGUUAGCUUCUUCAUCUUUUUCGCCUUUUCCUGUGUCAUGUUGCUGCUCAACUGCGCUUCCGACGCCCUACCAAGGGAAACUAAGUACACGCGAGGAAGAAAUGAGAUUCCCGAGUUGUCAGCCAGUUUCUUGUCAAGGAUCACUUACCAAUGGUUCGAUAAGAUGGCCUGGAAGGGCUAUAAGAAUCCCCUGGAGCACCAGGACUUGUGGGAUUUGCGUCCUCAGGACAGUUGCAAGGAAGUGAUGCCUGUCUUUGCAUACCACUGGAACCAGAAUGUCCGCAAGAACUACAAAUACACACCCCAACCAGAACCAAAGGCUCAAUUCAGCAAUGGCAAAGUGUCCUUUGAAAACCCGCAUUCGGCCGGUGGCAAAAAGAGCAUGGCCAGCAUUAUGCCUCCAAUUUACAAGUCCUUUGGCGGCGUCUUUCUAUUCGGUGCGAUGAUGAAACUGUUCACCGAUGUCCUGACGUUUGCUCAGCCCCAAGUAUUGAGUCUUAUCAUUGGCUAUGUAGAGGAUUAUGAGACAGACCCUCAACCAGAAUGGAAGGGUAUCCUUUAUUCCGUCGCCCUAUUCGUAUUGGCCGCCGCCCAAACAUUCAUCCUGGGUCAAUAUUUCCAUCGUAUGUUCAUUGUUGGCCUGCGCAUUAGGACCGCCCUCAUCAAUGCCAUUUACCGGAAGGCCCUGCGCAUCUCCAAUUCGACUCGUAAGGAGUCAACCGUUGGUGAAAUUGUCAACUUGAUGGCCGUAGACGCCCAGAGAUUCAUGGAUUUGACCACCUAUUUGAAUAUGUUGUGGUCUGCACCCCUGCAAAUCGGCUUGGCCCUUUAUUUCUUGUGGCUCCAAUUGGGUCCCUCCGUUCUCGCCGGUCUCGCUGUGAUGAUCAUUUUGAUACCUGUCAACGGUGUCAUUGCCAGUCGCAUCAAAACCUAUCAGAUCCGUCAAAUGAAGUACAAAGAUGAGCGUGUCAAACUUAUGAAUGAAGUUCUCAGUGGCAUCAAGGUUCUUAAAUUGUAUGCCUGGGAGCCGAGCUUCGAGAAACAAGUCCUGGAUAUUCGUGACAAGGAGAUAGCCACAUUAAAAUCCACCGCCUAUUUGAAUGCCAGUACUUCCUUCCUUUGGUCCUGUGCUCCAUUCCUGGUUUCAUUAGUUACAUUUGCCACUUACGUUUUAAUUGAUGAAAAUAAUGUGCUUGAUGCCACCAAAACUUUUGUUUCAUUAUCAUUAUUCAACAUUCUUCGUUUUCCGUUAACAAUGUUGCCCAUGCUGAUCACCAACCUGGUGCAAACCCAAGUUUCUGUGAAUCGUAUUAACAAGUUCUUAAAUAGUGAAGAACUAGAUCCAAACAGUGUGACACAUGAUCCCUCCAAGCCCCAUCCCAUGUCCAUCGAGAAGGGUGAAUUCUCGUGGGGCGACAAUGAGGUUACCUUGAAGAACAUUAACAUUGAGGUACGCAAGAGUAAUCUUGUGGCCAUUGUGGGCUCUGUCGGCUCAGGCAAAUCCUCAGUGAUUCAAGCCUUCUUGGGUGAAAUGGAGAAACUUACCGGCAUUGUCAACACUGUGGGCAAGUUGGCCUAUGUACCGCAACAAGCCUGGAUCCAGAAUGCCACACUGAGGGAUAACAUUCUGUUUGGCGAGAAGUACGAUCGGAAGCGAUACAACCGUGUGAUUGAUGCCUGCGCCCUGAGAGCAGAUAUUGAUAUUUUAUCAGCUGGCGAUCUUACGGAAAUUGGUGAGAAAGGCAUUAAUCUAUCAGGUGGCCAAAAGCAGCGUAUCUCUCUGGCACGAGCGGUCUAUAGCGAUGCGGAUCUAUAUCUCCUGGAUGAUCCCCUAAGCGCAGUCGACUCGCAUGUAGGCAAACACAUCUUUGAAGAAGUUAUCGGGCCGAAAGGCAUGUUGGCUAAGAAAUCCCGAAUCCUUGUCACACACGGUGUGACUUUCUUGCCCCAAGUGGACAGCAUUUAUGUCAUGAAAUCUGGCGAAAUCAGCGAGAGUGGCACCUUCACGCAAUUGGUACAGAACAAGGGUGCCUUUGCCGAUUUCAUCAUACAGCAUUUGCAAGAGGGUAACGAGGAGGAAGAGGAAUUAAACCAAAUCAAACGCCAAAUCUCAAGUACAGUAGAUGCCCCCGAGGUGUUGAUGGGCAGCGUAGAGAAUGCCAUCAAACUGGCACGCACGGAAAGCCUCUCUGACUCAAUUUCUGUAACAUCUGGAGAUAGCUUAAUGGGAAGUUUACGUCGUCGUCGUACUGCCAAACGUCAGAAUUCCCAUGAUUCCGUUGCAUCGGCUGCUUCGCUGAAAAAGAAACAAGAAGUCGAAGGCAAACUGAUUGAGACUGAAAAAUCACAAACUGGUGGCGUGGAAUUUGCCGUCUAUAAGCAUUAUAUCAAAAGCGUUGGUGUCUUCCUCUCGGUGGCCACUCUCGCUCUCAAUUUCGUGUUCCAAGCCUUCCAAAUCGGCUCGAAUCUGUGGCUAACCAAAUGGUCAAACGAUAAAGAAGUUGAACACGAUACAAGCAAGAGAGAUAUGUACUUGGGAGUCUAUGGUGCCUUCGGUUUCGGACAAGGUGUGUUUGCCUACUUUGCUGUGGUCAUUGUUUACUCUGGCGGUCUUCGGGCGGCCAAGAGAAUUCACAACGACUUACUCCGUAUCGUAAUGCGGGCCUCGGUGUGCCGUUUCUUUGAUGUAACGCCCCUUGGACGUCUCUUGAAUAGUUUCAGCGGUGAUAUGGAUGUGGUCGAUGAGGAAUUGCCCGCCACAAUGGAUUCCUUUAUGACCUUUAUUUGGAUGGUAUUGGCCACCAUUGUGGUUAUUAGCAUUUCUACACCGAUUUUCCUGGCUGUCAUUCUGCCCAUUGCGGUCUUGUACUACUUUGCCCAACGUUUCUAUGUGGCCACAUCUCGACAACUGAUGCGUCUGGAGUCUGUGUCCCGUUCACCCAUUUACUCGCAUUUCGGCGAAACUGUGACUGGAGUGUCGACCAUUCGAGCCUACGGAGUUGAGGAUCGCUUCAUUGAGGAAUCCGAUAACAAGGUGGACAAGAAUCAAGUCUGCAAAUAUCCUUCUUUGAUUGCCAAUCGUUGGCUGGCUAUUCGUUUGGAAAUGGUUGGCAACUUGAUCAUAUUGUUUGCCUCUCUGUUUGCCGUCUUGGGUGGACAAACUAAUCCCGGUCUUGUUGGUCUCUCUGUGAGCUAUGCCCUACAGGUCACCCAGACUCUCAAUUGGCUGGUUCGCAUGACUUCGGACAUUGAGACAAACAUUGUGUCCGUUGAGCGUAUCAAGGAGUACGGUGAAACGAAACAAGAAGCCGCCUGGGAACUGCCACAGGACAACAACAAGCCCAAAAACUGGCCUGAGCAGGGUCGCGUCCAGUUUGAGAACUUCCAAGUGCGUUAUCGCGAGGGACUGGAUCUGGUGUUACGUGGCGUUAGCUUCAAUAUUACCGGUGGCGAGAAAGUGGGCAUUGUUGGACGCACCGGAGCGGGUAAAUCCAGUUUAACGCUGGCCCUAUUCCGCAUCAUUGAGUCGGCUGGCGGCAAAAUUCUCAUCGAUGGCGUUGACAUUGCCACCAUGGGUCUGCAUAUGUUGCGUUCCCGUCUAACCAUUAUCCCACAGGAUCCGGUCCUAUUCUCGGGCUCUCUGCGCAUCAAUUUGGAUCCCUUUGAGAUUAAGAGUGACGAAGAGAUCUGGAAGGCAUUAGAACUAUCACAUUUAAAAACAUUUGUCAAGAGUCUGGCCGCUGGUCUGAAUCAUGAAAUAUCUGAGGGCGGUGAAAAUCUGUCAGUGGGUCAACGUCAAUUGGUUUGUCUGGCUCGUGCAUUGCUUAGAAAAACAAAAGUUCUGGUGCUGGAUGAAGCCACCGCAGCUGUUGAUUUGGAAACGGAUGAUCUUAUACAGAAAACCAUUCGCAGUGAGUUCAAGGACUGCACUGUUCUCACUAUUGCCCAUCGUUUGAAUACCAUUCUGGAUUCGGAUAAGGUUAUCGUUUUGGAUAAGGGACAAAUAACAGAGUUUGCCUCACCCACCGAACUAUUGGAUAACCCCAAGUCGGCCUUCUAUAGCAUGGCCAAGGAUGCCAACUUAGUUUAAGCAAGAAUAAACUAUGAAACUCAAAACGGAUAUGUCCAAGUUAAAGAGGGGAAAGAAUCUAGGACCUAGAUAUAUAUGCAACAAUAAAUCAAAUCAAUUAACGGUAGCUUUAAACAAAAUGAGGAUAAAUUAAAUCAAGAAAAAAGGAAAAGAAAAUCUAAAUCACAUCACCUGGCAACUAAAAAGAAGCUAAGCUAAGAAACGGAUACGAAAUGCUCUACCUCAGCAUAGCGGAAAACUUAAACCCAAGCAACAACAAUAAGAACAACAACAACAGAAACUAGCAAAUACCAUUUAAAUGUUCAUUAGUCUAAGCGAAAAAUUUUCACGAGUUCGAAAAUUUCGAAUGAUGAUUUUGUAUGUGUUAGAGUUAUGCAAAAACAUAAUGCAUAACCAAAUGUAUUUUUCUAUGUCCAUUGUA